CUUUUUCUCUUGGCUGGGUUGGAGCCUCUGAAGGGACAGACUGUGUGACUUUGAGAUCUGAGAAGUCCCUAUAGGCACAUGUUGCUGGAAGGGUUCCAACAAGGGUUGAGGAGAGAUGACCACCCCCUGACUUCUGCAUGUUGCUGCUAAGACUUUAUUCUGCGAAAUCCAAACUGGAUGGAGAGUUGGGGUUUUCUUUUCAGGGAAAUUGAUGUUCUGAUGCCAGGACACUAGCCGGCUGACGAGAGCUUUGCCAACCUGUGUGACAGCCCGGUGGCUAGAGUGUGGAUAUGGCAGUCCAAACCUUAACAGGAUUUUCUCUAGUAAGCCUGCUGAGCAUUGGUUAUAUGUCCUGGGAUUGGAUGAAGCCAGCAGUACUUGGAGACAGCCCCGGUGAUGCUCCAGCUAAACUUCAGGCACCUCUUUCUCUCAGGCCCCCGCACAUCAUCUUCAUCCUUACUGACGACCAGGGGUACCACGAUAUAGGGUACCACGGAUCGGACAUACAAACUCCAACUCUGGAUCGCCUUGCUGCCGAGGGAGUCAAGCUAGAGAAUUAUUAUGUACAGCCCAUAUGUACGCCUUCACGCAGUCAGCUUAUCACUGGCAGGUAUCAGAUCCACACUGGACUGCAGCAUUCAAUCAUACGACCACGACAGCCCAACUGUUUGCCUCUUCAUCAAGUGACACUGCCCCAAAAGCUGCAGGAAGCUGGUUAUGCAACACACAUGGUCGGAAAAUGGCAUCUGGGAUUUUAUAAGAAAGAUUGCCUUCCAACAAGACGUGGAUUUGACACUUUUCUUGGCUCUCUGACUGGGAAUGUGGACUAUUACACGUAUGAUAACUGUGAUGGCCCAGGUGUUUGUGGCUUUGACCUGCAUGAAGGAGAAAAUGUGGCUUGGAACCUCGCUGGCAAAUACUCCACCAUAUUCUACUCCCAGCGUGUAAGUCAUAUAUUGGCCUCUCAUAAUCCCCAGCAACCUAUAUUUAUAUACAUAGCUUUUCAAGCAGUGCAUACUCCCUUGCAGUCUCCUCGAGAGUACAUCUAUCAAUAUAGGAAUAUGGGCAAUGUAGCAAGGAGGAAGUAUGCCGCCAUGGUAACAUGUAUGGAUGCAGCUGUUAAGAACAUCACCCGGGCAUUGAAAAAGUAUGGUUACUAUGACAACAGUAUUAUUAUAUUCUCGUCAGACAAUGGGGGUCAAACCUUCUCUGGGGGAAGCAACUGGCCUUUACGGGGUCGCAAAGGCACUUACUGGGAGGGGGGUAUAAGGAGUUUGGGAUUUGUUCAUAGUCCAUUGAUUAAAAAGAAAAGAAGGUCUAGUCGAACCCUAAUGCAUAUUACAGAUUGGUAUCCAACGCUAGUAAGUCUGGCAGGAGGAAACAUUUCUGAAACAGAGGGACUUGAUGGCUAUGACAUGUGGCCAUCAAUAAGUGAAGGAAAAGAGUCACCACGGACUGAAAUUCUGCAUAAUAUUGAUCCCUUGUAUAAUCUUGCCAGGUCUGGAUCCUUGGAAGAAGGUCAAGGAAUAUGGAACACCGCUAUUCAGGCCUCAAUAAGGGUUAAAGAUUUUAAAUUGUUAACUGGGGACCCUGGAUACAGUGAUUGGAUACCACCACAGACACUCACCAACUUUCCAGGAACUUGGUGGAACCUAGAACGACAUACUGAGGGAGCCCGUAAAUCAGUAUGGCUUUUUAACAUCACAGCAGACCCUUUUGAACGUUAUGACUUGUCUGCACAGAAGCCUGAAAUUGUUAAGGAACUUUUGGAACGUAUAGCUUACUAUAACCACACUGCUAUCCCAGUGCGAUAUCCAAAUGAGGAUCCAAGAGGGAAUCCAGAUCUCAACGGUGGCGCAUGGGGACCAUGGGCUAGUGAGGAUGAGGAUGAAGAAGAGAACUGGAUAAAUGGACAUCUAAAGAGUGCAAACAAAAAGAAGAAAUGCAAGAUAUGCAAGCUUAGGUCAUUUUUUAAAAAACUAAACACCCGUAUUAUGUCGAAUCGCAUCUAAGUCGAUAUCUGAAUUGACAUUGGUGUUGCAGUUUCUGUUGAGGUCUCAUUCAAGCAUUUCACAAGGUUUAAUGGUCAGCAUCUUGAAUUCCAUUCAAGAUUAUGUGACUACAAAAAUUAGAAUGGGCCUCAGUUCAAGAUGAAGCAGAAAUAUUGAGAAAGGGGUAUGCUUGAGGUGUCCAAAGAUCUCCAAAUGUAUGCACUAUAUCAGGGAACAUACAGUGUCCAGAUUGACAAUUAUUCUGGACCAAAAUGAGCACUAGCUAAAAUAUUUAUAGACAGCAAAAGGAACAUUGAGAUAUUUUAGACCUCAAUGUGCAGUCUACAGGGAGUCUAAAGACGACACUUUUGUAAAGUUGAAAUGUAAUCAAAUAAACUUUAAUUUGGAAGGUUAAAGGGAAAUAGACUAUUUUCAGGGUGAUUGAUUGCUGUAGGAUUACUUCAUAUACGAUGCCUGUAUUAGUAUAUGCUGCUGCCUAACACAAUAUAUUGUUGCAUUUCUUUCUGAUCAUGGUGGCAUCAUGGCAUAGCAUACAUGUGUGUAUAUAGGUAUAGUUUUCGUUUGACACCUAUUGUAGCAGAAGCACUCUUUGUAAAAAAUGUAG